CAGAAAUAGUUAGCAGAUGUGGGGAGCCAGGGGUUGGGAACAACUGAGGGUAGGUUUUGUGAUUACUUAAAAUGACCGCAUGCAGUUAUUUUAAAGGCAAGGAUCCUCCAGAUGCUGUGAGUCAAGUCACCAUACAGCAGAAAAAGCCACAGAAGAUUGACCACUAUUUUCCUAUAAGAUGCAAUCAAUUUUUGAAAAUUUGGUUAAAAAAAUACCCUUGGCUUGUCUACGAUGAGCUGUUAAAUCUUAUGUUCUGUGCCCUGUGUCGUAAGCAUGGGGUGAAGUCAGGAGGAAGUCAGAUGAGCCUUUUUUAUGGCACAGACAACUUUAGGAGCGAACUUCUCAAUGCGCAUCAUCUCAGUGAGGCCCAUGCCAAGGCUUUAUUAAUGGAAGCAGCCAGUGGUUCUCCAGUGAACAGAGCCACCACAGAACUAAUGGUGAGAACCAUGAGCAAAGUAACUCUUGGGAGAGUAGAGAACUUAUUCAGAUCCUGUCAUGCCAUUGCCAAGACCGGACGUCCCCUCAAGGAUUUCAUCUGGAUGUGCAAGUUGGAUGAUAUGAAGGGUAUCGAUAUUGGGCCAGUGUUCAGAACUAACAAAUCAGCAAGAAUGUUUACAUAUUUUAUUGCUGAAGUAGAACGGAAAAACCUAAGAGAAAAGCUGGAGAAAAGUUCAUUUUUCUCUGUCAUCAGCGAUGGAGUCACAGAGAGUUUCAUAAAAGAAGUCAAACUUGUCUACGUACAGUUUGCCCAUGCAGGCAAAAUGCACUGCCAACUUGUUGGUGCACAGACAGUAGAAGGGAAGGAUCCCCUGGCCAUCAAAACUGCCAUCGAGAAAACUCUAGAUGUAAAUCUUCGGCUUAGGCUAUCAAGCCAAGACUGGGCAAAGAAACUGGUUGGUUUUGGAAGUGGUGGUACUGCUGGCAUAGAAGGAGAGAACAAGGGGGUGACCUUGCUUUUAAAAGAAAUUCAGCCAUGUUUGCAGACUGUUUAUUGCUUUGCACAUCACCUUGAACUGUCUUACAAGGCAGUGUUCCAGAACAUUCCCCUGUACAACGACGUCACAGAGCUUCUUUGCAGUAUUUAUCACUUCUAUCACACUUCUCCUCUUCGUAAGCGGUCUCUAGUAGCAGCCUUUAAAGAACUUCACCUUCGGCCUGUAAUGCCUUCUCACACAGGGGAUAGGAGGUGGCUUCAUGGAUUACAGACAGCCCUCCACAACUUUCUCAGGGGAUAUCCUGCGAUUAUCCAGCAGUUGCAUGCAGAAAGUGAAGAAGGAAGUGAAACUAGUCAAAAUAAAGCCAAAGAUCUUCUAGAAUUCCUUCUCCAAGCCAACAUUAUUAAGUUUGCCCAUUUCCUAGUGGAUGUCAUAAAUGUCCUUAGCAUUCUCUCUCGUGUCAGCCAGAACAGAAAUUCCUCAAUUGCUGACGUAUUUGCCACCUUAGAGUCCACACUGGAAAUGCUGCAAAUGUAUCAAAAAAGACCAGGCCCCAAAGAGCACAGGAUGGAUUUAAUCACACACUUUCACACUGACUGCCUCAGAGGAGCAGAAAGCAUCUCAGCUGUGAGAAACGUGGUUUUAACACAUCUUAUCAAGAGGCUGCAGGGCUGUUUCGUAGAUGCCAGCCAAGAUGUGGUGAAGGCAACGGUGAUCGUAAGCUUUAAAUUGUGGCCCACAAAGCUAAAUCAAGAAUUCGGGGAGAAAGAGGUAUCCAUCCUGACUUCACACUAUGAGCCAGUGUUAGAAGCUGCCAGUGUGAAAACAGCUGAAGUAGACACUGAGUGGAGCAUGCUGAAGUUAGAGAUUUAUGCCAGAUUUCAGAACAUUCAAAAACUGACCUGGGAUUUUGUGAAUUCCAUUUACGUACACAAGUAUCCAAACAUCCUGAAGCUCGUCGACCUGGUACUGACCCUCCCUGCAAGUUCAGCCGAAGCAGAACGUGGCUUCAGUCAGAUGAGACAUUUCACAUCCCACACGUGGGCCAACGUCAAGGCUGAGAGCCUCACAGAUAUCCUGGUCAUUCAGCUGAAUUCCCCAGACAUCAACCAUUUUGACCCCAGGAAAGCUAUCCAUUUAUGGAACACAAGAACACCAUCUUCAGCCGGUCACACAAGACCUACGUCAGAUUCCUCAUCCGACUCAGAAAGCCGUUGUGAAAGUGAUUAGCACCAUUACAGACAUUGGCUUCCUCACUGAUCAUAGCAAAAAGACGGAUGAUUUUCAAAACCCUGAAAAUGAAAUGUAAAACAGUCACCAGUCUCCGCAUCAGACUCAAAAAGGCAUUUGACAUCUGCUAAACAUACAAAGCAAAAAGAUGUGCACGGGUUUUCUUGUGACUUUGUCGUGCCGCUUUAAUACCCACACAUUCUUUGGUGUUCUUUGGAAAUGUAUGUUGAUAAACAAAACGUGAUUGUGAUGUCAUCUUUUUGAUAGUUCUUAAUAAGCAUGACCAGAUUGCCUAGCAUACCAUUAACUAUUUCUUCUAUAUAAUUCCAAAUGACAGUCGCACCGGAUAAAUCAGUAUCAGGGCCAAACUGAGAGCAUUUUUAAUUCAUGAACAAAAUAUUUAAGUGUACCUAUUUAUGUUAGUGUAUUAACAGUGACUAUGAUAUCACACCAUGCUUAAGAAACAUAAAUUUAAAAAUGAAACAUUAAAAUGGCCUUCACACUUCACACUAAAAUCCCCAA